CUCCUUCUAGACACACAUCCGCUGACGUCAUAUCUUAUUUACUGUCGCAGCAACUCGAAGACAUUUUCUUUAGUGUCUUAUCAAACAAAAACAUGUCUAUAUUCACUCCAACAAACCAGAUCCGGCUGACCAACGUCGCUGUGGUUCGGAUGAAGAAGGGCGGGAAGCGGUUUGAAAUCGCUUGUUACAAAAAUAAAGUCAUGAACUGGAGAUCAGGCGCAGAGAAUGACCUGGACGAGGUGCUGCAGACACACUCUGUCUUUGUCAAUGUUUCCAAAGGUCAGAUGGCGAAGAAGGAUGACCUGGUCAAAGCUUUUGGAACAGGUGAUCAAACAGAAAUCUGCAAGCAGAUUUUGUCCAAAGGGGAACUCCAGGUGUCUGACAAGGAGAGGCACAGCCAGCUGGAGACAAUGUUCAGAGACAUCGCCUCCAUCGUGGCGGAGAAGUGUGUGAAUCCAAACUCUAAGAGGCCUUACACAGUCAGUCUGAUCGAGCGAGCGAUGAAGGACAUCCACUACUCUGUGAAGCCCAACAAGAGCACCAAGCAGCAGGCCCUGGAAGUGAUCCGGCAGCUGAAGGAGACCAUGGAGAUCCAGAGAGCCCACAUGCGGCUGCGGCUGGCGGUGCCGGCCAAGGAGGCCAAGAGGCUGAGGGAGAAGCUGAAGCCGCUGCUGCAGGUGGUGGAGAGCGAGGAGUUUGACGAAGAGCUGGAAAUGGUGGUUCUGGUGGAUCCCGGCUGCUACAGGGAGAUCGAUGAGCUGAUCCGCUGUGAGACCAAAGGCCGAGGCUCUCUGGAGGUGCUGAGCCUGAAGGAUGUGGAGGAAGGAGAUGAGAAGCUAUAGGAGCUGAUUCACUUCUGAUUCACUAAAACUCCUACAGAGACACAG